UUAAUCCAACGAAAUAUAUCUCACGGAUAAAUUCACAACCCAUUUAUUGCAGUCCUAACUUGAAAUAGAGCCACCGCACCGUUAUUUCACACGCAUCGUUCAAAAUUGUCUUCCUCUAAAUGAUUCGUCGGUGAAUUUUGACGAAAAUGAUCGGUUACCGAAUUCAUACUGUGCGUACCAGACUGGUUUUGGUGCUGAUACUCGUCCUUCCGAGCCCGGUUGUCUUCGGCCAAAGGAUAAGAGGAAUUAACAUAGCUGAUAAGCUGGAGGGAGAUAUCAAACUGUCACCAAAUGUAGAGUCACUUGUCGCAGGUGGCGUGGAAAAGGACAAAAAGGAUGAACCCUACGAGAAGGGAGCUGUCACCAACAAGAUAUAUCUGUGGACAAAUGGAAUCGUGCCUUAUGUUAUUGACUCAGCAUUUGGUAGGUACUCAAGUGACAGUCAAGCCAUAAAAGACGCAAUAGCUACUGUAGAACAGAUCUCCUGUGUACGUUUCAAAACAAGGACAAACGAGCAGUAUUACGUAAAGUUUGUUAGGGGCAAUGGCUGCUGGUCCUACGUCGGUCAAGUGCACAUGUCUGGAGGCCAGCCACUCAGUAUUGGAACAGGAUGCGGUUUUAUUGGGACGGUAUUACAUGAACUCAUGCAUGCCCUGGGAUUUUUCCAUACCAGUUCACGUCAUGACCGCGACUCAUAUGUUGUCGUUAUUUCUGAAAAUAUCAUGAAAGGCUAUGAAGCAAAUUUUAAAAAAUAUAACCAUGGUAUUGUAGACAGGCUGGAAGCACCGUAUGAUAUGACUUCUCUGAUGCACCUGCCAAGGAACGCCUUUAGUAAAAAUGGUCUGAACACUCUGGAAGCACGUGCUGGACCAAACGUCCCAUUGGGAAAAAGAGAUCGACUGUCUGAAAUUGAUAAGGCCCAGCUGAAUUCACUAUAUAGCUGCACAGGCUACCCAAGUUGUUACAAGGCGUUCGGUAUGGAGUCUUUUAAAAUCCCCGACUCCAAAAUAACAGCCAGUUCAUAUAAAAUGUAUUACGAACCUCAUCAGGCCAGGCUACAUAUGCAAGCCAGCGCUUCUGGGGACGGUGCUUGGUGCGCUGGUCAGAAUCUACACCAAGGAGAGUGGCUACAGGUGGACCUUGAAGGAAAAAAAGUUGUAACAGGAAUUGCAACCCAGGGGAAAUUGGGUCUGUUCGUCAACGCGUGGACAACAUUCCUUGAAUUACGGUACAGCUUGGACCAAAACACAUGGUAUCCAGGAUUUAACGGCCAGUUAAUUUCUGCAAACUUUGACAUGAAUUCGGUUCAAUAUAAUCAAGCGCCAAAGCCUUUCACCGCACGCUACGUGCGAUUUGAACCGAUGUUUUGGUACAACGAGAUUUGUCUCAGGGUGGAAAUAUACGGCUGUGACGCUUGAUUGCAUGCAGCUUCUGUGCCUCCAGAAAAAAGUUUUAAAUUUGCCACCAAAACAGUUGUCAAACCCACAUUCAUCAAGGGCAGUUACUCUCUCGAAACUUUUCAACUCAAAUCGUCAGAAACAAACCUCCCCUAAAUGGAGGAUUAAUUUUUAUUGACAGUCUCUAAAAAAGGAACCAUACCGGCGUCGCACUGAGUGUAUUAUUUGUGGGCUGUGCCCUUUGGUAACGGGAGUAGUAAUAAAUAUUAUUUUUGUUCGUUGACGUAUAUUUGACAUUCCACCGUUAUCUUCCAACACAUAAGACUAUCAUCAUGCAACCAUCCAAUAUUCAAUCUAACAUACGCAAACUUCGAUGUGUGCAAUACAAUUAAAAAAAGAAAAUAAGGCGAACAGAAAACUUUAGAUUUUUACGCGAGAAGAUCGAAAAAAAUUGUCCAACAGAUUCCUAUAAUUGAAUUAGUUUCUUAUACGCCGGUUUCUAUCUGUCAGCGAAACACACACAAAAAAAAAUUCAGAAUUAAUUUCUUCCUCAUCUCUAUCCAAAUUCUCUGUUUUUGUUUCGUAUACUGCAAUGUUUCGUUGAAUUAACACAAAAAACAAAAUUCAUCUCCUUCAAAAGGCACGCUUUAUUUCUCACAAUCGAUACAUUAACACUCUAUUAAAGAAAGA